AUGCCCGCGCCGAUCCCAAUCUCUCCAUCCACCGAGGUUCUGCUUCGCUGUUCCGAGGCCGCCGACGUGCGGCUACAGCAAUACACCAAGGGACCUCGGGAAGCCGAGAUUGUCGUGGCCGUCGUCGGAGUCGGCUACGUCGGGAGGCGGCUUGUGCAGUCCUUUUCGACCCAGUUCAAGGUCAUUGCCUACGACAUCUCGUCUGCGACGCUCCGUUCCGCAAGACGUGAGCUGUCCAGCGGCGCCAAUGUCAAGUACACGACGUGUCCGAUGGACAUGAAGCAGGCUACUCACUUUCUGAUAUCCGUGCCAACUCUGGUCAACACAGACGCAUCCAUCAAUACAACACAUAUCAAGGACGCCAUCAACACCGUGGCCACAGUUGCUCAACAGGGCUCGACUGUUGUCCUAGAGAGCUCUGUAGCCAUCGGCAUGACGAGAAGCCUCCUCGGCCCUAUUGCCGUCUCAUACGGCUUGUAUGCCGGCAUGUCUCCGGAGCGCGUGGACCCUGGCCGCACGAAUCCCCCGUGCGCGAGCAUUCCCAAAAUUAUAUCUGGACUUGACGACGCGGUGCCGGGCUCGCUCGCCUCCAUCGAGCAGGCAUAUGGACAGGUAUUCAGCAGGCUGGUCCCGGUUUCUUCCCCCGAGGUGGCGGAGAUGACUAAACUCUACGAGAACUGCCAACGGAUGAUGUGUAUAGCCUUUGUGAAUGAGAUGGCUGAUGCCGCUCUGUCGCACGGCAUUGAUCCAUAUGAGGUUUCAAGAGCCGCCGCCACCAAACCCUUUGGAUAUGCGCCCUUCUCACCGUCGGUGGGCGUCGGUGGUCACUGCAUCCCCGUAAACCCUUACUAUCUAUUAUCCAAUAGCUCUUUUCCGCUCUUGCAGGCCGCCACGGAGGCCAUGGCCGCCCGCCCGGCACAGAUUGCCAGGCGAACUGUGGAGGAUUUGAAGCUUUCAGCUACCAUGGAUGGCUUAGAGAAAGGUCGAGUCCUUGUUGUGGGCGUGGGCUUCAAGGCCGGUCAGUCAGUGUUGAGUUAUUCCCCCGGCGUGGCGCUCUUGAACGCGCUGCAUGAGCAAGGACAGGUUGAAGUGAACUUUGCCGAUCCUCUUGUCUCACAAGAGGACCUGCCUCAUGUCACACGGCUGAGUGAAGCUGAAUGGAACCAGAAAACCUUGGAAACAUUUGACGCCAUUAUUAUAUGCGUGAAGCAGCCCGGCCUGGAUUAUCAAGUUUUACAACACUUGAGCGGUGUAAGGGUUGACAUUUGGUGCGAGUAG